UGCCCUACGACACUGCAACUGCGGUUCCUGUGAGUUGCCUCCAAUCUUGGACAUUCGCCUACAAAGAGCAUCUUGUUCCCAUCUCCUGUAAUCUACUCUUUUAUCAAAAACUACAUCACAACAUCAAUUCUCAGGUGUAGCGCGAUAUCCUGGGCUCUUGUACCCUUGAUAUCACGGUUUCGGGUUGCCUUCUCACCUUCUUCAUUCCUUCCCAGUUGACACUCGGUCAUUUCUGUCAUGUCUCGAUCAGGAACAACUCUUUAUGUCACAGGCUUUGGCCACGGUACUCGCGCCCGCGAUCUUGCCUAUGAGUUCGAGCACUACGGUCGCCUUGUCAGAUGUGACAUUCCUGCUCCCCGAACUGCUUCCAGUCGUCUGUUUGCCUUUGUUGAGUACGAGAGUCGACGUGAUGCAGAUGACGCUUAUCACGAGAUGCAUAACAAGCGUAUUGGGAGGGAUGAUCUCUUGAAGAUUGAGUGGGCGAGAACUCCUCCUUCUGCUACCUGGCGCUACGAAGCUGGGCGUGGCCGUGAUAGUCGUGACAGUCGUGACGGCCGCGAUAGUCGAGACAGCCGAGAUCGUCGCGACCGAAGCCCUGCGCGACGCAGUGCACGUUCCUCUUCUCCUCGUCGUCGAGACUACUCACCUCGCAAGGACGAUCGCCGUGAUCGUGGUGGAGACCGAGACCGUGAUCGGGACCGAGACCACGAUGACCGCAGACGAUCUCGAACCCCAGACACCCGAGACCGUGACCGAGAUCGGGAUGGAAAAGAUGAUCGAGAACGCCGCGACGAUGACCGUGAUGUUGGAGCCAAUGGAGAUGACCGCAAAGCCAUCGACUCUCCCCCACCAGCCCACGAUGAGCUCGACACUGCUGAAUAGAGGACGGCUUGUCCUCGAGCUUCAGAGAGGGACCUGCGGGGCCUCACAAUCCUAACCCGUUUGUCUUAAUCCGACAUAAGGAAACAGUAUCAGACUUACAGCGCCCGAGGUUGAUGCAUGGCUGGGCUCAUUGGCUCCCCAGAAGUGGCACACGUCCGCCGUACAGUGCCGAAGGCUGAAGCUGGAUACAUCCGCAUGGUAAAUGAUUGACUUGAAUCAAAGUUUAGACCCGAAACAUUUCGAGCGGACGGAUCGAAACGGAAUACGAUAGACGGUUUCGACAUCAGAUUUCGGGGGACAUUCAAAAGGAAUGUACCAUGAUUCGGUAGCUUAAUCGAUCGCCUCCUCGAUGCGGUAUUCGAACGAUUUUAUCCACCUUUAUGUCAGCUCCACCUCCCUUCGUCCCUGCCUCGUCCCUCUCCGACGCUCCUUUGCCUUCCAGACAGCGCCUUUUCGUUCCCCUUCGUCGUUUUGCCGUCGCCCAGCCCCUACCGCCUGCGUGUCGAUACCGAUAUUCCCGCGCUCGAGUCGUCCCAAACACUUCGAAGUCGUCGAGACUGACCAUAUUGACAAUAUCAGCGUCGACCUUUCCCAUCAUUUUACGUUGCAUGUGUAAGAACAAUGUCCCCCAUGAGAUGCAAAGUGUCGUGUCCUGUGCUGGUGAUCGGUCACCCAAGCCCACGGCGUGUGCAAGGGUACUUCCUUUUCCUUUCGUUCCUACCUCUGAUGGUGGUACUUGAAACUGGCGCUAUGAUGGCUGAACAGUUGCAAGACCUAAUGUUGGUCGAGCGCCUACAGACGUCUCAGGCAUCAGGUUGUGACAAGUGAAAUUAGGUACGGUGGGUUUUUGUGAAAGUCGAGAUGGUGACCCCCUGCCUUGCACAUGAGGCAGCAGAGUGAGUAGAUCUGGAAUUACAGGGACUAUAUAUUCUAAAACAUUGUACAUGUACUAAGCCAGGUCAUGAGACGUGAGGAUUCGAUGGAUCAUCAAAGCAUCCGACGGGGCAUGUU